CGAAUAUUUACUAUAUAUUAAAUCACGAACGCGGCGCCUAGCCCUAUUAUAUAAUAACUAUGUUAUAUUACUAUAUAUUAUGUUUAAUCUUUAAUAUAAUAUAAUAUUGUUCCUAUAGAUAAAUAUAUGAUUAAUAUUAUACUUAAUUAUUUUAAUUUUCAAUAUUCUAAUAUAACGUACAAUUUAGGAUUGUGUAUUGUGUAUUACCACAGUAAUUACGUAUUUUUCAAUAUGAUUUUAACGAACGAGAGAUCUAUUGGAUCGAAGGCUUGAAACUUUAAUCUGCCGAUACUAUUACAGUUCUUUUUCCUUUGUCUAAAAGAUUAAUUUGUUCGAGGACUUCUUUCGGUUUUAAAUUAACCGAGUGCAACAAACUACCUACCACAAUGUCGUUUACAUUCUCAGUGUUCACUUAUAUUGUGGCCAUGAUAUCAGAUGCAUUUUUAAUAUUUUUUUCAAUAUUCCAUGUUAUUGCAUUUGAUGAACUUAAAACUGAUAGCAAAAAUCCUAUAGAUCAAUGUAACAGCCUAAAUCCAUUAGUGAUUCCUGAGUAUUUGAUACACUUUUUCUUCAAUCUUUUAUUUUUGUUUGGUGGCCAGUGGAUAUCAUUUGCUAUUAAUAUACCAUUAAUGGCUUAUCAUAUUAAAAGAUAUCAAAGUAGACCAGUUAUGUCUGGUUUUGGUCUUUAUGAUCCUACAAGUAUUAUGAAUGCUGACAAAUUGUAUAAAUAUCAACGCGAGGGUUGGAUAAAAUUAUCAUUUUAUCUGUUUUCAUUUUUCUAUUACUUAUAUGGAAUGAUACGAGCGUUGAUAACAGUAUAAACUCAAGUCUUUUCAAGCAUUGGUUUUGUGCAUAUUUAUUCAUAUUUCAUUGGUACCAAACAGCUAUUAUUUUUAUUUAAAACUACCUCGGUAUUUUUUGUACUAUAUAGCAAAUUAUCCAAACAGGAUGUAACAACAUAAAAGCACAAUUUGUGUACCAUUUUAUUUUGUUAUUUUGUAAUUUAGUGACAUUUAAAAAAUAACAAGUCAAUAUUGCUAAUUUUUUAUUUUUUAUCUUAUAGAAAAUUGUUUUAUGUGUAAUACAAAUGUUUUAUAAUAUUCACAAUACUUAAUUUAUUAUAUUAUAUUGGGAUAAAAAGUUAAGUCAUUCUGUAUGUUUUGGUAUGCAGGGAAUGGAAAUAAUGGUAUUUGUUUGUUUUACCGCCUUGCAAUUCAUUACACUUGAUAUGAAUUAAUGCCAGUGUCCACUGAGUCUAGAGUACUUAAUAAUAUGAUGUUAAUAAUUUAGUGUUUCUUAUAAUAAUAAUAGGUAUAAUUUAUAAAAUAAAUCUAGACUAAUCAUCUAUUCUUACCACUUUUUAAUGAUAAAAAUUCCUACGACGUUCUUUCUUUUUUUGUAAAUACUAGUUACUAUUCACAAUGAUAGGGCGGUAAAAUUUAUGGUGUUCAUGGGAAUAUCAAAUCAGUACUGUAAUAAUAGUCAUUAUGUACUACUAUAUAACUUAUAGGUCAUAUUUUAUAAAUGGAUAUUUGUAUGCAAUGUUAUAACAUCUUAUAAGUUAACUUAUAUCAUUUUACUGUCUAUUUUAGUUAGGGCAAUAUAACCAUUUUGAUAUUUUGA